AUGAACGAGGAUAGAUCAAAAAAGUUCGUGAUCAUCGGUAGCGGACCCACAGCUCUCGGAGCAGCAUAUCGACUCCAUGAAUUAAUCGUGAGCGGUCGGUUGCCAAAUUCUACUGAAGUACUAGUGAUCGAAAAAGAGGAUGAGGUUGGAGGUUUGGCACGUUCUGUGACCGAUCGACGAGGUUUCACAUGGGAUCUCGGUGUUCAUGUUACCGGGUUUUCUAAAUAUCAGAAAUUCACAAAUGUCAUUAACCGGGCAGUGAGUCAGUGGAACAAUGUGCCAAGAUGUGUAAAGGCUUACAUGAGGCAUAUAAUAAAGAACGAUGAUAAUGUGGAGGCGAAUUACAUUCCCUAUCCAGUACAGGAUUCCAUACCGUACUUCCCUGCGGGCAUUAAAAUGCAGUGUUUACAUGAGAUCUCGUCUACUUCCACGGCUACGGAUCUAGCUAGAAAUUUUGACGAGUUCACUUUAUACACUUUCGGACCUACCCUUCAAAAAGUAUUCAUCAAACCAUAUAAUGAGAAGGUGUGGACAGUGUCAUUGGCCGAAAUGAACUGUGCAUGGGUGGAGAACAGAGUACCUCGGACAAGUAUCGAGGAUUUGAAGAGAAGAUGUCAACUAACUCGCGGUGAGCUUGACGAAGAAGAGAAUAAGAAGGCCAAGUCAAUGUUUAGGUAUCCACGAGACUUCCGAGGUAUAGGAGAACUUUGGAAGACAGUCGCUUCUGAAUUACCAGCUCAUUGGUUCCGAUUAGGUUGUCCAGUUAUAGGAAUUGAUCCACGAAAGAAAGAGGUUUUGCUAGGUAACGGAUACGUGAUUGGGUAUGAUUAUGUGAUUUCAACGAUGCCAAUUGUGGAAUUAGGGCGAAUGUCCGGUCUCUGCCCAAAAAUUAACCUCCGCCAUUCGAAGGUGGUCCUUGUUGGAAUUGGAAUGCGACGACCACAGCCAGAAUUUACUGAACAACUAUCAUGGCUUUAUUUCCCGCAACCUGAUAUUAUUUUCUACAGGUGCACCUUUAUGUCGAAUUUCAACGAACGUCUCACUCCCAACGCGGCAUUGUUUUGGUCGGUGCUUGUAGAAAUCGGGAUGGCAAUCGAUGAACCCGUAGAUAAAGACACUAUUAUUGAGUCAACAAUUAGAGAUCUCAUCGAACAUGGAAUCAUCUACCCUACAAAUAGGAUUGAGUCAAAAUGGUUACAUGUACUACCUUAUGGCUAUCCAAUCCCCACACUAAACAGGGAUGAAGAGCUGAAGAACGUUCACAGAACACUUGAAAAUGAGCAUAUUUAUUCACGUGGGAGAACGACUAAUCUCAGAGAGAAAAGCAUGCUAAUGUUUCGAAGAUGUCCGGUAUUUGGAAGUUGGCGAUACGAGGUUGCAAACCAGGACCACAGCUUCACUAUGGGUAUAGACGUUGUGGACAAGAUUCUCUAUGGAACGGAUGAAACUGUUUGA